CACAUUAUGAUAGAUUCAGAUUAAGAGAGGAUGGCCAGCUUGUAGUAAAGAGGGUUGUGACGGGAAAAAGAUCACUACCGGAAGUAGUACUCACGUUGCAAGAUGGUAAUUUUCCUACUAUUGGACAGCUGCGGAAGUUGUUGGGUAGUACACGCAUGAAAGUGAUAGGGUUUCAUGACUAUCAGACACCAAAUAAAAGCAGUAAAAAUACGGCGCAGGGACUCCUUAACGAGAUUGUUCACGUUGAAGAGAAGGCUGAUGACAUCGAAAUGUUGCCAAUGCUUGAGAAUGUUAUAGAUGAAACAAAGAGUUUAAUGGAGGAUACUUCCUUUACUGAAGCUUUCGUCGAACGCGAAAGAUGGAGACUUCAUUUCUAUGUUAGAACGCUUCAGGACGACUUGAAUAACGUAAAAAGUAAGAUGAUAUUUUACGAUAGCGAGCUUUCCAAGCAGAUGACAAGAUCAAGAGGCUUGAAGCGAAGAAAGCUGGGUCCGACGUAUCCGAGGAACAGCAAAAUAUCUGGGAUGAGGACCUCGAUAAGGCAAAGGAAUAUUGUGAAAAGAUAAAAAAUGAUCGAAAGGCGAUAAUAGAAGAAAAUGGUCUCUCUGGAAUCAAUACCCAGCUCAAGGCGAUUAAAGAUACACCCAUGAACAUCGCGGGGGAUGAUAAAACCUUGGUCGAAAAACUCAGGAUCUUGUUCAAAGAGCAGGGAAUAACUAUCGCGAGCAUCGUUUCUGCUGUUGGUCUACUGGUCUCUACCAUCGUGUUCGCCGUCAUUGGAGGAAGUGCAGGCGCCGUAGGAAGUACAGGAGGAGGUGCCGAUGACAAAGGGUUUGUGAGAAAGCAGCUGGAGCGUCUCGGACGGUUCCUUAAAUAUUUAGCAGGCAAGGCUGGAGCCGCAUUACCAGGGAUAAUUGGAAGCGUGGUAUCGUUCGUUUUUAGAGUUGCUGCCAAAGUGGUGGAGUAUGUAGCGAGACACCUCUACCUAGCCAUCGCGGGAGCUGUAGGUAUUGUGGUGGCGUAUAUAGGUAACAGGGGGAGUAAGAAUCGAUGAGAGUCUAGUAUGUUGUUCAACACAUUAGACUUAUUUCUUCAUCCAUAUAUAUGCGAGGAUAAGUCCUACUCCUACCGUAACCAGCGUGGAUUUGGUAUCCUCGUGAACAGCAGCUUCCUCUGAGGAUGGUGGAGGGAGGGGUAUAUCAUGUACCUGCUUCCUUGGUAUGGUAACAGCAUGAGGAGCGUUAAUAUUAGGAUUGAUACAAAUCUUGAAAUGGUCCUGACUGAUCAGGAUCUUGUGGUUAAAUCCUUGGACAUUCCCGAUCCUCAGGUUCAUAUCUGAGGGGAUCAUGUAAACCCCGUAUGCUACCGAGAAAUCUGCCUUAGAUCUCGCAUAUCUAAGUACAUUCUCGAAUUCACUGAUAUCCCUACCCAGCGACGUAGCUCUAAUCACCAAUUGUUCGAAUGUCGUCAAGUAUAGCCGUUGGGCAUCAAUCGCGGAGCCCUCACUCCCGAUUAUAUUAGAGCGGCCGUUGGCUUGGCUCUCCAGAAUCAAAUACGCAUAGAACCUUACGCUUUGCGAUAACCUUUCAAUGCCAAUACGGGUUAAGCCGAUCGAUUUCUCGAUUACCCAUCCGCUUCAUGAUCCCUCGUCGAAAUAACUAGGUCCCGCACCAGGAAAAUCUUUACAUUUGGCUUGCCACGAACUGAAAAUACUCUCAUUUUUCCAUUCUUGCCCAUUUGAAGAUACACCAAAUUCACGUGCUAAUUGCCGGAGCUUUUGAUUAUUGAAUGGGUUAUUCAAGAUAUUAAAGCGGGAAUAGCCAGGCAACGAUACCUCAAGCUCCUCUAAUAUUUUUCGAAUUUGGAAAUAGACAUGAAAUCGAUAAACAGCGCAAACAAGGGGUAAUGGAGAAUUAAAGUGCUGCAUUAAAAUGCCGCAUGCCGAUGCAGCGCAAAAUACCGCAAAAUUCAAUUGUGUCGACCAGAGGCCGAAGGGGUGUUUUGCCAGGUAUUGACCAUAAGAUUACUGUGGAAAACAUAGUCCACGAAGAUAUCUGGGAAUUUUACUUUAAAUGACGAGCCUUUGGCAUCAACAACGAUAUCCUGCUUGGUAAGGUCCGAACCCUUGAGUCUCUCGAGAUAACGCCCAUGAUUAGGGGUAUACUUUACCAGUGGGUUAUAGCUAUAAAUAUUCAUUCUUUCUUUAAAAGAAAGAUGCGACAGCUAUGUAUGUCACAGAUAUAGAGAAACCUACGAUUUUUGAGGACUACCUAGGGCAGGAUACUAAGAUCGCUCUCAAGGCGAUUAGCAUGCGACCUACAUUGUUGAAUAUAUAUAGCAGCAACGAUUUUACAAUACGCAAAGUAGGACCUGAUCAGACGGUUACUAGAAUUGAAAUCAUGAAUGGCCUGUAUAAGAUUGAAGAUAUCGCGGCCAUCGUCAAUACCCAGGCACAGGGCAAGAUACAACUUUUUGUCUUUAAAAAUGGACUAUGCAGGCUACGAGUUAAUGACGGAUAUACUGUAGUGAUUCAUCGACAACUGCAGGAACCCUUGGGUCUAACAUACGAUCACAGUAAAAAAUGCUCUAUGAAAGGUGACUAUGAGUCAUUCUACAGAACUGACGUGUAACAGCGACCGAGGCUUGUUUGCCCUCAGCUAGAUGAGGAUGAUUGCUUGCUAGAUGGUAAAAAAUCAAAACUUUUAGCCGUACUUUCAACAAAAGAGAACGCAUGGGGAGACAUGUUGACAUGGAGUUUCGAUAACCCUGUUUACCUUUAUUUGAAAGGUGCAACAGACAGACUGGAGUUCAUGUUAACGGAUGAAUAUCACCAUGCUAAGAACGUUUCGUUUGUGGGGAUAACCAUGCAUAUUCUAAUACAAUAAAUGACAGAUAUUACAAAGCUUUAUCCGAGCUUACCUUCUGCACCUCUGGAGAGUACGGAGGAGGACAGUUCGCAAGUAUAUAGACUAAAGAAAAUAGAAGAAGUGGAACAAUACCUGCGGGUUGAGAUUAAAGAGCGGGACAAGCUCGCUAAAAAGUUUAAAAUGCACGAUACGUGUGUUAGAUACAUGGAUCACGGGCUGCUAGCGGUGGUAAGUGUGAUAACUUCAGGUGUUGGUAUUGGUAGCAUGCUCUCGGGUAUAGGUGUACCACUCACCGUGGCUAUGGGUGGAAUUACGAUCGCCGUCGGAAUCAGUCAGGCCGGUCUACGGAACGCCGGGAAAAGGUUAGGUGUCAAGAGUGAGAAGCAUGAGAGCAUCAGACUACUAGCGGAAACCAAGUUGAACUCUAUCGUUGACCUAAUCUCUAAAGCUAUGGAGAAUGGUGUUAUUAGCGACCAUGAGUUUAGCUUAAUCAUGCAGGAGAAACAGAAGUACGUGCUGCUAAAGGAGCAAGCCAGGCAACGGACACGCAAAAUCAUGGAAUCUAUAAAUGAACGGGAGCGGCAGCAGCUUGUAGACAAUAUCAAGCACUUCACCAGUACUAGCGUCAACCAUGAAAUCUCCGUCAUAAAUUAUUGUUUGUUUCUGUCUCGCUUCGAGGCCUCUUAUGUACUCAUCGAGUAUUUUGAUGGCCGCGAUAUCCGAGCAUGGCUUGCAAUAAGGCCCAAGUGUUUGUGUUGCAAUAUCUUCAUAUUUUACUUUAUGAAUCGCGGCUAUAAUUACAUCCUUUUUCAUAGUUAAAUAUCCACGUAUACCUAGUUUCUUUGCCUCUUUUUUAAGCUCGUUCAUGUUUAUUUUUGUAUACAACAUUGCAUACAAAAUCUAUCGAGUUUUUACUAUACCACAAUGAAUGGUUCUUCAUCGUCAUCAUCUGAAUCGAUAAUAUGUCUGGUGCCAUAAAACUCGACAACCCUAUACUUGCACUCCUCCAAGUAGGUUUGCAUGUAGUAAUUUGAACCUUGCCUGUAGAUGCCAGAUAGCUUGAUUAUGGCGCUGCACUCGCAGCUUUGUUUUAGUGGUACUUUUUUGCAAUGAAAAUCGGUUCUGACUUUACCCUUCCACUUCUUCACUUUAGUAGUGAAGUAUUUACCUUCUUUCACAGGUAAGGUGGUGAAGCAAUGACUCUCCA